CCCUUCCCUCCUCUUCUCCUCCCCUUUCACCUUCCCAGGUCGUGCAUGGCCAUAUAGGGAAGGGCAAUUAAUAUUUGUACCCCCCCCCCCAGCCAGAUUCAACCGUGAAGCAGGUCAUUUUUUUGUUGUUUUCUUCUUUUUUCUCUGCUCGCAUUCUGAAGGUUUUUAAUGGAUUUCGUCCAUUUGCAACUUGAAAUCGUUUCUUUAUCAUCCUUUUUCAUAUUUCGGGUACAAGAUUUUUAAUGGUGGUUGUCUUCUUCUGCAAGGUUUCAUAUCGACAACAGAAUGGUUUUGAACGGGUGUCGACCUAGAAUCCCGCCCAAAAAUUCAAACCCAAGAAAAAACCCUAGUUACCUCCUAUAAAUAGUGGCUUAUGAACUGGUUCGAGAUAGGUUUUUAGCCGCAAGAACUCCCCGAAAAUAUAAGUCUUUUGGUCGCAGAAAUUUCCUAGAAAUUAAAGUUCUGGAAUCUUAAAAUACCCUUUAAAGAUACUAGUUUUAAUUUUUAGUUGAUAUCGUCUCAAAAAGAAACAACAACAAAAAAUACUAAAUCUGUUCUGUUUUCUGCCUUGAGUAUUUGUUCUGAUCCGAGUGGAUACGAACUCGGAGAAUUCGAAGUGUUUCGAGGUAUAUCGGAAGCUCGAGCCUCACUUCGCUGCACCCGAAGAAGGUAGUCAUGAGUCAACACAACAUUUACCCGAGGUUUAGCAUGGUUUUGAGUGUUCCUCCUCAAUUGAAAGCAUGGUGGAUUGAUUUGAGGGAAUACGGACAGCGUAUGGUACGUGGAGCGUUGGGGCACUUACUGUCUUUGAUGGAUAUCCAACCCUGUAGAGACAUCAUCGAGGCAGCAACUGUGUUUUGGGAUGAGAAAAGGGUCGUGUUUAGAUUUGGCAACAUUGAGAUGACUCCAUUGUUAGAAGAAAUAGGAGGCUAUGUAGAAAAUGCUGUUUUAUUACAUAAGAAGAAAAAAUGGCAAAACUGUUGCAUGAUUAUUCCAAAGGAACCUUUACCAAAAGAAUUUGUUGACAGCCUCAGGUUUAGAAAGGGUAAAGGCGUAGAGUGUUUACAAGGGUCUAUGAUACCAUUUGAGUAUUUGUAUCAUAGAUUUGGUUAUCAACAAAGUUUCACCAGUCAUCAAGACGAAUUUUUCUCAUAUGACUCUUGGAAACAAAAAUGAUGCUUCGCUUUUGCAGUAUGUUUUUUGGGAACCAUGGUAUUCUCUAAAGGAACAACAAGAGAUAUUCACACUCGUCUCAUUACUGUGACUGAAGCUCUAUUUGGUGGCAUUUACGGGAAAUACUACACUGUGGUCCCUAUGGUCGUGGCAGAUAUCUAUCGAGCGUUAGGACGUUGCAAGCACGGGUACAAGCAUUUUGAGGGAUGCAACUUGCUUCUACAGAUUUGGUUGAUGGAACAUCUUCAAAAGGUCGACAGAGGUCUAGCAUUCCGAAAGCCGUCGGGUAAAAAUCGCAUUUUGGGACAUGUUCCAGGCGCUAUCUUGACGAGUAGAUCCUUUGAAAAGCCAAAUUGUGUAGAAGGGUGGGUAGGACUUCUCAGCUGUUUGAACGAUGAUUCAAUUCAAUGGAUGUUCAGUUGGUUUCCAUCCGAGGGUUUGGUGUUUCGUAUGAAGAUCGUGCCAUUUUUAGUUUUGAUGGGACUUUGGGGCUUGCAACCUUACGCCCCACUGAGAGUUUUAAGGCAAUCUGGAAGAAAGCAAAACAUACCUUUAGUGGCAGAUAUGGAUCAUUAUCGAGCCGACUACAAAGAGGGAAAAAUUCCUUUCGCAAAAGAAGUUCUAAGCAUGUGGAAAUCGAGAGAAGCCAUGAAAGCAGAUUCGAUUGAGCCAAAUAGAUACCAAGCUGGAUGUGAGGAUAACUAUUUGGAGUGGCUGACCGCUACCUUGGAAGGAUCAAUCGAACCUAGCGUUAGUCUGAGAAGACGAAUUAAGGAUGGGGAAGCAGAAGCAUACAUCUUACUCCGACAACUGCGUAAGAAAAGUCUUGUCUCUGAAGCCGAGCACCGUGCACAACUUGAAGAAAAGGAAAGGGAGGCAGAGAAAUGGAAGCAGCAGGCACUUAGUUACGAGCAAAGCAUGCAAGAAUUGGAAACACUUCUAGCUGAGCAAGGAGACACUUGCAUCAAAGAAGGCAUCAAAAUGGGAGGAGUGCUAGCUAUGUCAUACCUUGCCCAGAAUCGCCGAAAGAUCGAUCAAUCAAUCCAGGCAACCAAGAGGCUCAAGAGCGACAAAGGGCCUUCCUCAUUUUAAUUAGCUUAUGAAAGUCAAGUAGUAAUUGUAAUAAUUUCUUUUGCAUCGGGAUUUUAAAUUUUUAAACAUUGUAUGUUUUGGGGCCUUCAAUUAAUAGCACAUUGGGAUGACAUAUAA